UAAAAUUAAUACUUUAAUGAUAAUUAUUCUAUUUUUCAGUCAUAAUUUAAACUAAAAAAUGGUUUUUGAAAUUGAUGGCAAAGUUGCCCUUGUCACAGGAGGAGCUUCUGGACUAGGAUUAAAUUUUGCAAAAUCAUUACUUCUAAGCGGAGCAAAGGGAGUCACGUUGGCAGACAUUAAUGAAAUUGAAGGUAAAAUUGUAGCUGAACAACUUAACAAACAAUUUGGAGAAAAUAAAGCUAUUUUUGUAAAGACUAAUAUAACAGACUAUUCAAAUUUUGAAGAUGCAUUUAAAAUAACGGUGGAGAAAUUUGGAAACAUAGACAUUCUCAUGAAUAAUGCCGGUAUAGCAACUGAUGGUGCUUUUAAAAAGUCAGUAGAGGUUAAUGUUCUUGGAACGAUUAAUGGUAUGAUUUUGGGCAUAGAGCAUUAUUUAAGCAAAUAUAUGUCAAGCGAUGAAGCUGUUAUUGCUCUUACUUCCUCUGUUUGCGGCUUGGAAGGUUAUCCCCAAUGGCCCGUUUAUGCUGCUACGAAAUUUGCAGGAAUAGGAAUGGUUUUGUCGUGGGGCACCCAGUUUCACUAUGACAGGACAAAAAUAAGGGUAUUCGCUCUUUGCCCUGGUCCCACACAUACCAAUUUGCUAGCGGCAAAUAAUAAAUGUUUGGAUCCUGAAUAUGAAAAAGCUUUCGAAUUGCUCGAAGAGGAAAUAAAAAAUACACAAACGCCGGAACAUGUUUCCACAGAAGUAAUGAAACUAUUGAAAAAUGCAAAAACAGGAUCAAUUUGGAUAAUUGAAAGUGGAAAAUCUGCCUACGAAUUCUCUUUGCGUACACGAAAAGAUAUAUUGAAGUAG